AUGAUAUCACGUUUGAUACUUUCAAACUUGCCACAUAUACGAUGCUUAUCGACAGUAACCAAUGUCUGGCGUGAGAAAGUCUCUCAAGGUCCUUCAUUGAAAUCUUUCAUUGAACAAACGGUAAAUCAACCAUCAUACGAAACUACUCUUCCACCAUAUCUCAACGAUGUUGAACCAUUUGAUCCGUUGAAUCAUGUCAAACGACGUGUCUAUUUCGAUGUAUACGGUUGUCAGAUGAAUGAAAAUGACACUGAUAUUGCCUAUACAUUUCUUAAUAAGCACGGCGGAUAUGAACGUGUCAAUGAUGAAAACGAUGCUGAUAUUGUUCUAUUAAUGACAUGUAGCAUCCGUGAAGGUGCCGAACAGAAAAUUUGGAAGAAACUACAAUCACUCGGACAUCGAAAAAAGACACGUUCGCCGCAUGCACCACCAUUUCAAAUUGGUGUACUUGGUUGCAUGGCUGAACGGUUAAAAGAAAAAUUGAUCGAACGUGAAAAAGUUGUUGAUGUCGUUUGUGGACCGGAUGCUUAUCGGUCUUUGCCAAACUUACUUGAUCAAACCUUAGUCGAGUCAGAUCAAAAAGGCAUCAACACACUUCUAUCUAUCGAUGAAACAUAUGCUGAUAUAACACCACUACGAUAUGAUACAAAUAAUCGACGUGCUUUUGUUUCAAUUAUGCGAGGGUGUAAUAAUAUGUGUGCUUUUUGUAUUGUACCGUUCACACGUGGACGAGAACGUAGUCGACCUAUGAGCAGUAUACUUGAUGAACUCCGUUAUCUUGUCGAUCUAGGCAUAAAAGAUGUUACUCUACUCGGGCAAAAUGUCAAUAGUUAUUGUGAUAAAUCUGAAGUAAACGUAUCUUUACAUACAACAAAAACACUAUCAAGAGGAUUCAAAGAGAAUUACAAAACAAAUCCCACUAAAGGAUCGAUUCGGUUUGCUACACUUCUUGACCAAGCCUCACAAAUCUCGCCUGAACUUCGAAUACGUUUCACAUCUCCACAUCCAAAAGAUUUCCCGGAUGACUUACUACAUGUGAUGUGCGAUCGUUCAAACAUUUGCAAAUCAAUUCAUUUACCAUGUCAAAGUGGUAGUACUCGAAUACUUGAAUUGAUGCGUCGUGGAUACAGUAAAGAAGCGUAUCUUUCGUUAGUCGAACAUAUUCGUUCAAUUGUGCCAAAUAUUACUUUCUCUUCCGAUUUUAUUGCUGGUUUUUGUACAGAAACUGACGAUGAUCAUCGUGACACAUUAGACGUGAUUGAACGCGUACGAUAUAAUUUUCUCUAUUCGUUUCCGUAUUCGAUGCGAGAAAAAACAAAAGCACAUUAUCAUUUAAAUGAUGAUGUAUCAUUCGAUAUUAAAUCUCGACGACAUUUGGAAAUUCAUGAACUAUUUCGACAUCAUGCGCAUUUGAUAAAUCAAUCUUACAUUGGCCAAAUCCAAUUAUGUCUUGUUGAAGGGCCUAGUAAACGCGCACCCGAUUCGGAAGUCGCCGGAAGAAAUGAUUUCAAUACAAAAGUCAUCUUUUCGAAAUAUUUAUCGAAUAGUGGAGAAAGUUUUCAACCCGGUGAUUACGUUCAAGUUCGCAUUGAUUCAGCAACGUCGCAAACAUUGAAAGGCACACCAAUAAAACGGACGACGUUGAAAGAAUUUGAUUCUUCGUUUUUGAAUGUUUGUUGUUGA